UUUAGCUGAGACUGCUCUGCCAUUGGGGAGUUUUUCAUUUUAGUUAUCAAGAUCAGAUUUUAGUUGUCAGUUCUAAGUCUAUUUCAAUUCUUUUUUUCUGUAUAAAUAACAGUUUUAGAUUCCUUAGGUAUAAAUUUUAUAAAACAAAUGAUUCACUUCACUCAGUAUUUUAAGUUAAAGAUUUGAGGGACGGUUGUAUUUAUGUGGAGCCUUAUACCAUGGUAGCAUCAGGAAGAUGGAUUCUUCUGAAGGAAAGGAAAGCCUAAGCAAAGACUAGGAGAGUGGAAUGAGUAAGAAUGUUCAGAAUCAGAAGUUUGAGAGCUCAUCCUGCUAGGGAGUAAGGAUGAUCAAAGAAAAGAGACAGCUGGGAAAGUGGUUAGAACUAAGUGUUGUGGGUUUUGAAGGCCAAUCUGAACGUUCUGUUUUCUGGGAGAGAGCUACAGAAGGACAUUAAUCAGUAAAUGAGGAAUAUAAUCACAACUUUGUUUUAUAAGUACCAGGGUGGUGGCAGUUUUCUGGUGUUAAAGAGGCAAGAUAGGCAGCUGGUGUCGGCUGGAUAAGAAUGUGAAGACUCAUAAGAAUUUGAGAUUAACAAAGAGUGGAGAGAUUGGAGUUCAGAGAUGCUGAAGAAACUGAAUCUACAUAAUCUGAUGAAUGGGGGCUUGAGGAAGAGGAAGAAGGCAAAACUCAGGGUUUUUUUUAUCAUGAGUGAUUUUUAGGAUAAUGACAUUAAUCAGAGGGAGGCUAGUUAGGGCAUUAUGAAAGAUGCUUAGGUUACGUUUUUGGCAUGUUAAUUUAUGUGGAAGAUAUUUGUGUAAGUUAUAAAGGCAUAAAAUCUACUUGGGAUAGAUUCAUGGGAAACCUUUACAGAAUUACGACUCUUGUUAAGAAUCUUGGCAUAUAUUUUCACUUAUUUUUGAUUUACCAUUAGUAAACUGUUGGAUGCUCUGUGAUUUUUUUCAGUUAAUAAUCUCAAGAUAGUACAUUGUCUAGAGUAGUAGUACUUCAAACUUGUGUAUACUAUUUGCAAACAUGUUCAUAAAUAUACAUCCAAAAUAUGUGUAUUUAGUGAUAUACAUGUCUUAUGGCAUGAUUAUGUUGUGUACAUUACAAGACACGUAAAGAGUGGAAUCUUUCAAAGGCUAAGACAAGAAUGGAGUUUUACUAUUUUUUCCUACAUCCUUUUAGGUUGUCUUGCACAAGUCUAGAAAACACUGGUUUGGAUCUUCAGCUGACAUGAGGUUUUGUUGUACAGUAGAGGUCAUGCUUGAGCCUGAGAAAGAGAUCAUGUAGUGCUAUACAAAGUAGAACCUUCAUUGUUUAGCUAGAGGAAGAUCUUAUUUUUAAUUCUAAAGUGAUGCAAUUUUGGAAGAGUAUGAGUGAUAGUAUGUGGUAUUGUGGAAAAGUGAAGAAUAGGAAGCUCAGUAGAAUAUGGACAAUCUAAAGUGUGCUUUUGUUUUUGUUUUUAAUGUUUGUGUUUGUUGAAUGCCUUGCAUUUGAGUUGAAGUUACUUGAUUGUAUAGUUUGAAAAACUCUUCCCAAUUCUUUGAAACUUUGUAGUCUCUGUAAGCCACAGGAGUGUUCCCACAUGUAAGGACAAUCCAAGUUUUUGUUAAAAUCGUGGUACUCUAAAGGACAGAUGCAAAAGAGCCUUUCUUUGAAACUGAUCUUGAAAGCACUAUCUUCAACCCUAAAAUUAUUACGAAAGAUUUGGGCUGCCUGACCAUUAUGGCAUCAAGAAACCCCUGGCAUAUGAGAAGUAACUUUCUUUUGGGUUCAAGAUGUUGGAUGAUCCAGUAUUCAGCAGAAAUCCUCUUCAAAUCCAUUUCAUUUAGGCCUUUUGGUGUGAAAUGUGAUAAUGCAGACAGUGAGCCUUCGGAGAAGGAAGACCGGCUGAACAAGUUAAUUACUAUGGGAGUUGAUAUCGACAUUGCUAAGAAACGACAGCCUGGAGUUUUUAAUAGGGCGGUUACUAAUGAGCAGCACCUGAAGACGUUCCUUCUCUCCAAAGGAGCUAGCAAAGAAGUGAUUGCUAGUAUCUUAUCAAGAUAUCCACGAGCCGUAACACGUACUUCUGAAAGGCUUUCACAACGGUGGGAUCUGUGGAGAAAGAUUAUGGCAUCAGAUCUUAACAUUGUAAAUAUUUUGGAACGUUCUCCUGAAUCCUUUUUUCGAUCUGGGAACAAUGAAGAGUUAGAGAAAAAUAUAAAUUUCCUGUAUUCAGUUGGAUUGACCAGUAAAUGUCUUCGUCGAUUAUUGACCAGUGCCCCUCGUACUUUCUCCAAUUCUCUUGAUUUGAAUAAGCAGAUGGUUGAAUUUUUGCACGAAGUCUGUUUGUCCUUGGGUUAUAAUGACCCUACAGAUUUUGUCAGAAAGAUAAUUUUCAAAAACCCUUUCCUCUUAAUUCGGAGCACCAAGCGGGUGAAAGCUAAUAUUGAAUUUUUACAAUCAACUUUCACCUUGAACAAGGAGGAACUGCUGGUUCUGAUAUGUGGUUCAGGAGCUGGAAUCCUAGACCUUUCCAAUAACUAUGUCAAAAGAAACUAUGUAAAUAUCAAAGAGAAGCUGUUUUCCUUUGGAUGUACUGAAGAGGAGGUACAGAAGUUCGUCUUAAGCUAUCCAGAUGUGAUCUUCUUGGCAGAGAAAAAAUUUAAUGAUAAAAUAGACUACCUCAUACUAGAAAAAGUUAGUAUUUCCCAAAUAAUUGAGAAUCCUCGUAUUCUAGAUUCAAGCCUAAGUACUUUAAAAAAUAGAGUCAAAGAAUUGGUACAUGCUGGCUAUGACUUGAGUACAUCAAACAUCACUAUUCUGUCUUGGAGUGAAAAAAGAUAUAAAACUAAACUGCAAAAAAUUAAGAAAACAGCACUUGAGACUAAAGUCUGAUAAAUGUAAUAACAUUUAUUUUUGUUUUUUGGGGGUUUUUUUGGUGCUAGGGAUCGAACACGGGACCUUGCGCUUGCGAGGCAGGUGGUGGAACCACUGAGCUAAAUCCCUGGCCUAGUAAUAUUUAUUUUUGACUUUGGAGUGUCAAAGGAGAAUUUUGAUUUCUUAACCACAGAUAAAAAUUAAAAAUUUUUGGCUUAUAGGUUUGUAAAAACUCAUGGUUGGUAUGCCUCCAAUGUACUUCUCCCAGCUACUGCUUCUCUAGUUUGAAUUAAUGCAACAUCCCAUUAUAUGUAGGGUGUUACUGCUGUACAGUGUGGUAGUUCCUUAGUGCUAUGCAGAACAGUAUGUAGAAAGAUAGCACAAAGUAAGCACUUGUAGUUCUUAGAUUUAAGAAUUGACAGAUUUGGUCUGGACAUACAGCUUAGUAGUGACAGCACUUGCCUAACAUGUGCAAGGCCCUGACUUUGAUCCCUAGCACAGCAAAAAUAAAAAUAGACAAAAAACAAAUUGACAGAUUCAUUUAGGUAAUUCUAUUUCCUCUCAUCGUUUUGAAUAACAACCCAUUUUAUUAUUCCAACAUAUUGAAUUAGGGUUUAUCCUGAAAAUAGAAUGCCAGUAAAAAGAGUAAAAAAUCCAACAGAAAGGAGGAAUUUUUUUCAUCCCAAAUCCAACAUUCUCCAUUUAAACCGUUAAUGUGAUAUUACUAUCCCCCCAAAAAGAAAAACUCCCUGUAAUUUACUAAAGGUGUGCUCAUAUUUCUUUGAAGACGAGGCACCUGUGGUGGGUUUAAGAAUAAUGGCCACCUAAAGAUGUUAAUUUCCUAGUUUUCCGGCAGCUUAAACAUAUUAAAAAGUCCACAAUUCCAAGUAACUAACUGCAAUCUGCCUUUAAAAACCAUUAUUGGGGUAUGAAAAUGUUGACCUUUACCACUUUACUGUCAAUUUCACAAGACUGCUUCAGUCUUGGAACUUAAAUAGAGAAAAUACACCAUUUUAGGGAGGAAACAUGGCCCUGAACAAAAAGAAAAUUGUGCCAGUUUUGUACCUGUUGUCAUACAAUCAAUCUUUUGCCCUUGGUGUUUCAGAAACAUCCAUUGCCAGCACUGAUUCUUUUCCAAGAAGUGAGCUGAUAUCAGUAAUCUCCUGGACCAUAUAAAAUUAGAAAGUUGUGGAGGGCAGCAAAUUACUUAAAUAGUGACUCCAUAUUCAUGCGUCAUCUGUAAAUAAUCUUUUAAAUUAAUCUUAGUCUCCUUUUUUAUGUGUAUUAUAUAUAGAUGUAACUUAAAAUACUGGUAAUUUCCGUAUAUUUACAUUUUGCUGGCAUUCCAGCUAAUAAAAACAGGAAUUUUAGAGACAUUGACUUGAAUGAGAAGAUCCCAGCUAUCUCAUAUAUCAGUUUGUACCAUUGAUAGAAACAAUGCCUGUUUUUCCAAGGCCAUGCAUAUAUGUUCAGUGAUACUCUUGUUUCCAGUGAAUUGUUUGAUGGCAAGCAUGUCAUACUUUAGAAAAUAUGGGCUUUAUAGAAAAAUAUUUCUAGAGUGCUAUAGCUGGGCACCAUUUCUGACUAAUUGUAUUUUGUGUAAAUAUUUUAAAUUCAUUGAAUUGUUUUCAGUGGUAUUUAAUGGUAGCUUAAGAAAAAUUAUAGGAGUGUUUUUAAAAACAGUUUUAUGGAUACAUAGUUCACAUACCAACAGGGCACUCAAAUAUUAAUUAUUUUUAAAAAUAUGGGGUGUGCAACCAUUGCCACAAUCUAGUUUUAGAAUGUUUAUGCCCCCUAAAAUAAAUCCUAUACCCAUGAGCAUCCAGUUCCCAUCAUUCCCUUCCUAUCCCUGCAUCCCUAAGCAAAAACUAAUCUUUCUGUCUCUAAAUUUUAUUCUGGGUAUUUCAUAUAAAUGAAAUACUACAAUAUGUGGUUUUGUGACUGACCUUUUUCAUUUAGCAUAAUGUUUUCAAGGUAGCACAUGUUUUCAUAUAGCAUAUACCAGUAUUCCUUUUUGUUGUUAAAUAAUCCAUUGUAUGGAUACAGUAGGGUUAUUGGGAAUAUAUUUUAUUGCUUUGUCUUGAAACAAAAUAUUCCUUAAGUUUUCUGAAUUGUAUGGGAGUACUUUCCAAGAUACUGCUUUGGAAUUUAACGAGUUAUGGAACUUGAGAGGGGUGGGUGGAGGAGACAAAGUUUAUUGGUAUCAGCAGAUCAUGAGAGUUAUACCUGGACAUAAAUGAUACAGCAAUAAUAGUUGCCUGUGCCAAGAAAAAUGCAGGAAGAACAGAAGUACAAUACAGCAUUUGAUCAUUGGGCAGUAGAAUGUGGGGCAGAUCUAACUUUAUGGGAGAAAUGAAUGGAUAAUGCUUGUCAGGCAAGAUUAACAUGAAAUACUUUAAGGUUUGAGUCUAAUUGAGGGAAAGCCAAUUUUUAAAAAAUUGAGUUAAAAAAUUUAAAACAUUUUUUGUCGUAAGUGAAAGAUCCAUAUUUUCAAUGGGAAAAAAGGGAAAAUAGAUCAUAAAACAAAAUCUGAUAAUCUGCCUGAUAUAAUCAACAUUUUGGUAACUUCCCAUUAUUUUUCUAUGCAAAAUAUAUCCUUUCAGGGAUAUAAUACGAGUAAGUAGAUAAAUAUAUAAAAGUCGAGGUCAAUCUAAAAUUUAUAAGUUGCUUUUCUUAAUAGAUUCUGAGCAUAUUGUAUAUUUUUCAAUAUUAUGAAUCAAUUAUCCACUAAAUACAUGAUUUUUAAUGAUUGAAUGAAAUUCUAUUGUUUGGAUAAGCCAUAAUUUCUCUAAUCAAUCUCCCACCAUUGGGCAGAGUAAACACAUUUUAGUAAUAUUUUGAACAUUCCACCAGGACUAUUUCAGUAUUCCACAGCGUAUACAUACUAGCCCAUUGGUAUGCUUUAUAAAUUUAAAAAGUUUGCUAUAGAAAGUGCAAAUAUUAAGAGUAUUGCAUUUUGCUGUUUUUUAAAUGUCAGAAGGAUCUGGAAAUUAUAAUUUUUUAAAGAAAUGGAAACUAGGGCCAGGGAUUUAGUUCAGUGGUCCCGGCGCCUGCCUUUCAAGUGCAAGGUCCCGAGUUCGAUCUCCUUAAAUAUAUUUAAUUUUUAAUGUUGGGGUAUACACAUAGUAUGUGACUUUUAUGUACAAUACCUGACUAUUGCCUCCUUUGUGAGACUGUAAGUCCCACACUUCAUACCCAGAGGUAUACUGUAGUGGAGAUCUAGGGGAGAAUCCGUUGAUGGCAGAAGCCUACCCAUAAACUUUUUUUUUGGUACUGGGGAUUGAACUCAGGUCCUUGCAUUUGUGCAGCAGGCCGCGAAACCACUGAGCUAAAUCCCUGGCCCCCCAUAAACUUUGAUAAUCGUCCACUGUUACACAGUCCAGGCAAAACUUGGAGCUGUGUCUGAUGGAAGGACUGUAUUAUUAGAUUUGGGAAAGAGAUAACAGCAGAAGUCCUUUUGGAGGGACAAGGUCCUGGGUCUGAUUGGUUAUCAGAUGACUUAGGAGACGGGGAUCUGGCCAAUAUGUCCCUGGACUGUGGAUGUUCCCAUUCACUCCUCAAUUUAUGUCCUGUUGGCUCUGGAACCUGGUUUAGGGUUGAGCUGUGAAAGGGACUUACCAGCUGACCGUAAUAACAAGGUAAAUGUUAUAAUGAGGCCACCUCUAUCUUUUUGCUUGUUUUCACCUUGCUGUUAUUCUCAAAUGAUACUCUUGCCUCUACUUUCAGAGAGAUUAAUGAAAUAAAAGGGGAAAAAAACCAUCACAUGUAGUUCUUUUUAUUGGAAGGGGGUCAUGAUUUAAACCAUAUUCUUGGGAGGUACUUUAAACCUUUUGAUUAAUUUGAGUGGAAUUUGUUAUAAAAAUAGACAUACUGGUACAGUGUUAUUCCAGCUCAGUUUCACUAUUCAGCAGAUAAGUAUUUGGAAUUUGUUUUUCAUUAAUAACAGUAUUGUCUAAAGAUUAAUGGGUUUAUACAUGAAUUGCUUUGUGUUGAUUAUGAAAGGCUUAAAUAUGGUGUUCUUCCAUCUCCAUUUUGAAUAUUCAGUCCCACCUUUAUCAGUUAUCAAAAUACCUUCAAUUUAGGUUUUCUUUUUGCAGUAGAAAAGAAUUUAUUCUCUGAUAAUACAUAGUCAUUGUAAAAGCCAUUGAACAAUACAAAGAACCAAAAUUCUCAGCUACCCUAUUUAUCAUGAAGUUGAGAAAAUAUUUUCUUCUUAGUUCACAAAGAGCUUUGUUUUAAAUCAGAGAGGAAUAAUUAUUUUUGAGAAUUCUUUAAAAAUCUACUCUUGGGCUGGGGAUUUAGCUCAGUGGUUUGGCCGCCUCCUGUGCAAGUGCAAGGACCCAAGUUCAAUCCCCGGUACCAAAAAACAAAACAAACAAACCCCUACUCUUUUAAUCUUUAAUAGAGUGGCAUAGGUGGAUUACUUCAUAUCUUUUUUUACUGAUAUGAAUUUUAUGCCAUAUUUAAUUUACCGGUAUUUUACUUAGGACUUUUCAUUAGUACUCAGGGGAAUUGGUUGCAACCUACUUAAUGUUAUGAAUUUUUGGUGGGUAGGUUCUUUGUAUUUUAAAGGUAGGGAGGUUGCCACCUUGCCAGCUUUUUGGCUCAAGGUUCUGCUAGUUUCAUCAAGUAAAUUCAGAAGCUUACUGUUUUUCUAUGCUUUGUAACUGAAAACUCAGAAUUACCCAUUUUAAAGUUUGACCUAACCAGUAAAAUAAUUUGAGCUUGCUAUUUUGUUCAGGACAGAUCCUUGACAACAAUAGAAAGUUGUAAAGGCAUAUAUAAAAGUGUUUGACCUACACCUUUUCAGUAAAUAUCAGUAUAAAGUAAAGCUCUCUCCUAAUUAAGGCAUUUUGAUGCAUGCCACAGUAUGGGUGAAUCCCAAACUACUGUGCUAUAUGAAAGAAGCCAGAUAAAGAGAACAAUCUGUAUAAUUCCAUUUAUAUGAGAUUCUAAAAAAUAGUUUGUAUUGACAGCAGAUUAAAGGUUAGUGAGAUUGUGGUGGUUGGAUGGAGAAGGGUAUGAUGGAGGAACUACAGAGCAUGAGCAAAUGUUUGAGGAUGUAUAUAUUCAUCAUGAUUGUUGAUGGUUUUGUGUAUAUAUGUCAAAAUGUAUAAAAUUGUUUUAAAUAUGUGCAGUUAAGUAUUCUUCAAUUAUACCUCAGUAAAGUAACAGAAUUUGUCCCUUCAACACUGAUUUAAAAUCCCGUCUUUGUCUGAUAAUAAAUUCCCCAUGUCUGUUUCUAGAUUCUUACUACUCUCCUAAACAGAUGUCUUAGACUUUAUAUUGUUAUAUCUAUAUCAAGAAUUAAACAGUAUUUCUCUUCAAUAAAAGUACUGGGAGACCUGAGAAACUAUCUGGAAAAAAUAUUGAUAUAUUCAUACUCAGAAUAAACUCCAAAUGGAAUAAGUUUUUUUUGUUUUUGGUAUUGGGCCUCAAACUUGGGACCUUGUGCUUGUGAGGCAGGUGCCAGAACCACUGAGCUAAAUCCCCGGCCCCAAAUGGAAUAAGUUUUGAUGUGAAUUUUGGAGGAAUACAGUAUUUAGAUCACAGCAAUUGUAUUAAUGUAUAUAUGCUAGCAAUGAAUAACCAUCCCUUUUAGCUGUGCAGAUUGUAUUUUUCAGUGUGCUUCUAAAUUUUACCUGGUAAUGAUUUGCCUGGUAGUAGGUAUUUAUAUUGAUGUAUAGUUUUCUUUUCGAUAUAUAUUGGACUUUGAUAUCAGUAGUGGGUUUAGUAUCAUGGUUGUUUUGUCUGUUCAUUUUUUAUGUAUCAAUAUUUCAAGUAUAUCUUCGUAAAUAAUUAAAAUUCACAAUAUAUACAACUAUAAUACCUUAAA